CCCCCUUCUCAUCUCAUGCCGGUGCGCAGCAGAGUCCAGAGGCAGAGGGCGUAGUAGUAUUUGUUGACGUUUGAUUUACCUUUUGUGUCAACACUAAACAGAAACAUUCUUCCUAAGCGGCCAAAGCCGUGCGCUUACUUCUGGUGGAACUAAUAUCAUGUCAGACACAACAAGAAUUAAUACCAUAUUUUUGGGAGAGGUUGCUUCAGUUCAAAAUUAUGGUGCCUUUGUCAAAAUUCCAGGCACCUCUAAUCAGGGUUUGGUUCAUCGUAGUCAAAUCUCGAAGGUCAAUGUUCCUGACGUGUCUGAAGUUUUAGCCAAAGGUGAUCGAGUUUGGUGUAAGAUUGUUAACACUACUGAUGAUGGUAAAAUUGGAUUGUCAAUGAAAGUAGUUGACCAAGGAAAUGGUAAAGAUUUGGAUCCUGCUGGUGUGCAGAUGAAGCUUGAUGAGCAGAGGCGUAAGGAGUGGACUCCUGGCGAAAAACGCAAGACAAUAUCAUUGGAAGCUGUAUUUAAUACUACAUGCAGUAAAUGUGGCACACGAGGGCAUCUUAGUAAAGAUUGCUUCCAGGUUGCAGGUGGAAAAACUUAUGAACUUCUUCCAGAGGAUGCUUUACCACCUUCAACUAUACCCUCACCCAAUAACAAAGACACGCUUGACUCGCUGGAAAAAAUACGUAAAAAGAAGGAGAAGAAAGAAGCCAGAAAAGAAAGAAAAGAAGCAAAGAAAAGGAAGAAAGCUGCCAAAAAGUUAAAGAAGAAAUUGAAGAAAAAGGCUAAAAAAGUAAAAAAACUGAAAAAGAAAGAAUCAAAGCAUUCUUCUUCUGAUGAUUCCUCAGAUACUUCUGACAGUUCGUCUUCAUCAACAGAGAGCGAAAGUGAUGAUGAAAGGCAUAAAAAGGAAAAGCUCAACACAUCAAAAUCAAAAACUGUUGAAUCUCAUGAAAGAAGAUCAAGAUCAAGUUCUCAUGCUAGGAUUUCAAAAAGAUCAAGAUCUAACUCGGGAUAUUCACAAGAGAGAGCUGACUUGGAGGACAGGCGCAAAAGAAGGAACUACUAGAAGGAAUAUUUCCAAAUGUAAUGUGUUAGGGAUAUUUAUCACAUUUAUUGUCUUUUAAUGAAAGGUGUUUUUAUUUUUUUUAUCACAACAAUUAUGUUAGAACAAAUUUUCAUCAUUCACUGCUGUUGCUUAAAUUGUUGCAUUUUGCGAUGACAGUAUUAUAAAAGCUUCAAUAAAUUUCUGAUAUUUGGUCCUUUGA